AUGACAGAACACAUUCAUUUCCUCCCUCCACCCUUCACCAACUCUCCCGAAACCUUCCAACUCAUCACCCAAGGCGCCGAAGCUCUCGUCUACAAAACCUCCUUCCUCUCCCCCGACUGCCCCGCCGCGCUCAAAAUCCGCCCGAUCAAAACGUGGAGGCAUCCCACUCUCGACAAGCGAUUGACGAAACAGAGAAUCACCGCUGAAGCGCGCGUGUUGGUCAAGUGUCUGCGAGAAGGGAUUCAAGUGCCGAGAGUGCUGGGGGCGGAUUGGGAAUUUGGCUGGUUGGCGCUGGAGUGGAUUGAGGGAAGGACUGUGAAGCAGGUUAUACGAGAGAGGAAGGUUGGAGUGGAACAGGAUGAGGAGGGGUUGGUGGGGUUGUUGAGGAGGAUUGGAGAGGUGGUUGGGGGGUUGCAUGCUAAGGGUGUUGUUCAUGGGGAUUUGACGACUAGUAAUAUGAUGUUGAGACCUGCUACUGCUAUUGCGACUUCUUCUCCUCUUCCUCCUCCUCUUCGUGGAAAUGGGGAAGAAGAGAGCGGUCAGGGUGGUUUCUCGCUGGAAGGAGAUAUUGUGCUAAUCGACUUUGGUUUGGCAAGUCAGUCUGCGACGCAAGAAGAGGAUCGUGCUGUGGAUCUUUAUGUUCUGGAGAGGGCGUUUGGGAGCACGCAUCCUAAAGAGGAAGAGCUAUUUAGUGUGGUCCUUACAGCAUAUGGCUCCGCUUAUAAGGGCGCAAAGAGUACGUUGAAGAGGCUGGAGGAUGUGCGGAUGAGGGGAAGGAAGAAGAGUAUGCUGGGAUGAAAACUUUGACAUCUGAAUAUUGCUCUGAAGGUGGUACUCAUUUCCAUGGGACCUUUACGAGCUUCUGAUACUGCUUUUCUUGGCUCUCGCAGCAACAGAUGGCCAAUUGUCUGGAGACUUUUGGCUGCGGAACUCCAUCGCAAGGCAGUUCGGCUGGGACCUUGCCUCGCCAUCCUUGAAAUCGUGCCGCUUCUAUCAUGAGUAUACCACUCGGUCGGUCUCGAGCCAUGAGUGGGCGGCGGCUCGGCUUCGCCGGAUUCUGGAGUUCUGGCUUGCACAAGAUCAAUCAUUCCCUGCUGAAGAGGGCCAGAACGCGGAGAGAAGACCGGGUCUGCUCGUGAUUGAGCUGGCGACGAAAGAGCCAUGCACAGGCGAAGAGAACAUGCUGCUAGAUUGCUAUUUCCUCGCUUGGAAACAACGCCGCGUCACCAACCACGGUGCUCUCGUAAUUAGAAGACAGAGCCGGGAGUGACCCAUCGUCUGUCAACCAGAAAAUCUGACCUGCGUCCUAAUCACUGGUGUGUGUCUCGUAGCCGAGGUCCCAUCGAGAAGAACAGACUUAGAUUCGCAGGCGGAUUGAGUGCCGCGCUCGUACUCUCUAAAAUGGCGUUCAAUUGCAUACAUGGACCAGGUGGGCAGGAAAGAAGAGAAACUUGAAAAUUUGUCCAAACGACAUCAACCUCCCCACUGACAUCAUGUUUCACAAGAGCCACGGUUCCUUUCGCAGAAAAAUAUGUGGUCUGAGUGCCUGUUAAGAGAUUUGCACUGACGCCUCCUCUGCUGCUAUAGAACAGAAAUCCUC